UAUAGAAGAUGGAGUAUAUUUCGACAUUUUGUAUCAUACUUUACGCCGUGGUUAUACAAGUAAAUGGCCACGGUCGUUUGAUCAGCCCUCCCGGGCGCUCUACAAUGUGGAGGUAUGGGUUCCCUACUCCCCAUAAUGCCGACGAUCAUCAAUUAUCUUGUGGCGGAUUUGGCGUCCAGUUUUAUAGAAACAAUGGCAAAUGUGGUAUUUGCGGAGAUCCUUACCAUAGUGAUCGCCCAAACGAGGCUGGCGGAUUGUACGCAACAGGAACUAUUGCGCGCACAUAUAACCAAGGUGACGUCAUUACGGUCCAAGUGGAAAUCACCGUCAAUCAUGGCGGUUGGUUUGAAUUUAAACUCUGUCCAAAUAAUGACGCGAAGAAACGAGCAACACAGGAAUGUCUGGACAAAUACUUGUUGCUACAUUUAGAUGGUUCAACGAGAACAAUUGUACCGGAAGGACUCGGGAUCGUUUCGAUAAAACUAAGAUUGCCAAAGGACUUGACGUGUUCACAGUGUGUUCUACAAUGGAAAUGGAACACAGCGAGUAACGUGCGUUGUAACGGGUCUAACUGUUGUCGGGGAUGCGGGCCACAAGAGCAGUUCUAUGGUUGUUCAGACAUUACUAUAAAAGGGAGCAACUCGCCAUACAAACCUCCCGUGAUUGUUCAACCGGUCCCAACACAGAAGCCACUCCCACCUAACUUCAAUAAUGGUGGAAGCGGCGGGGUACCAGGCUCGUUUCAACCUAUUGUUCCCAGUUUUGGCGGCAAUAAUUUGCCGACUGGACAUGUACCAAUUCCUGAUAUUGUUAAAGACUGUAAAGGAACUGCAUUAUUUAGGUCAAAUAACGCGAUGGCAGACGACUGGUGUAGGAGGAACUGUAUGAAUGGAUAUUGUCCAAAGGAUUACUGCGAUGACACGUGUAGAGGAGGUGCGACACUUGUUCCAAUAAACAACUCUAUGAAUAAUGCUUGUAAAGCAAAACAAUUCUGGCGGGAAAAAAACCCAGUUCCUGAAGCAGCCGAUAAAUGGUGCUUAAACAGAUGCAGAAACGGUCAUUGUCCCUUGGACUACUGUGAAGAUUCGUGUUGGGCACGAUUGUAAUUUAAAAAAUGCAAUGAAAAAAAACAAGGAAAGCAAUAAAAAACGAAUAUUCAUCAAACUUUCGAAACUAAAAAAUCCCAUAUCAGUUAAGUUUGCUGAUCUGAAAUUGCUUUUUAUACUUUAACUAUUACAAACAAACGCUGCGCUUUGUUUUUCAGUGAGUAAUUGCCUUAUGAUUGACCUGUACAAUUUCUUCCCAGUAUUUACAAUGAUGUUUAUGUAUACAAAAGUCCUUAUCUGAACAGAUGUGUACAUACAUGUAAUCAUUUACUUAUACUUCUGCCUCAUUUUUAUCAAUGAUUAUAAAAUUACAGGGGGAAAAAGGGUUAUAUCUUUUUCAUGUAUAUAUUUGUAUAUUUGUUCUGUAUUGAUCUGAAAUAUAAUUGUUUAAUUAUUAGUUCAUUAGCCAAUAAGGUCUCUAUAAAAUCUGCUUUUUUAUUACAAUAUGUGUCUUUUUCAAAUGUGUUUGAUAAUGAUUUCUACGUUUUAACUUAUUAAAGGUUUAUUGAACAUAA